AUGAAGAAUUCAACGAAACGCGUGAAAGCGCCGGGGUCGGCGGGGAACCCACCCGGGAAGGCCUCCAAAAAGGCCAAAAUCGAGAAAAAAGACCCCCCGCCCACCACGAAGAGCCUCGCGAAGUUGGCGAAGGCCUCCGCGAAGGGCAAAUCAAGCGCCUCCGGGCAUGGCGGACCGGUCCUCCGAGCCCCGGCGAACGUCCUUGACGAUGAAGAGGCGCUUCCGGAUGAGGAGAGCUGUUUUGGCGAGGCCUCCCUCGAGCAACCCCUCCCCCCCGAGGCGGAAUUUAUGCAAGAAGAGACCCUCUGCCUGGAUGUCGCGGUGAGCGCGGUGAAUGACGAUAUUAUCGUCUGCGAUGAUGCCGCGCCUUUAGCGUUUAUGGCGCCGCAACCCCUUCCCGCGUUGGACACCUCCCCUCCCCCUGCCGCGAAAGGGGGGAGUGGUGCUUCUCAGGCAACUAUCAACACCUCCCAAUCGACGCUGAGCGUUUUCUUCAACCCCGAGGUGGUGAAGUUUCAGAAAGGAUACGUGCGUGAACUCCGCACCGAUACGAAGCUCGUAGACGACGAGUACAUUUGCGUGGACGUCCCUUAUUAUCGCUCACUCGCCGACGAUACCCUUCUCACGGAGGAGGAAUAUCAUCAACGGAGUGUGGAGCUGAUGGCGAAACCCCCUUCCCCGGAGGCGCCACGUGGUAAAGUCGACGACGACGGCGCCGCGGUCGUGCAAUCGCCCUCCGCCGCGCGGGUGGCGAGCAAGUCGACCGCCCGGCCGUCGGUAUCAAAACAAGUUGUCAAGGAAAGUGCACCGAGCAGUCGAAACUUGCUUUCCUUCUUCAAAGCAAAACAAUAG